AUGGCACAGAGGAAGGCGAUAUGCGUCAGUGGCGGGAAGGUAGAAACAGGCAAACAGCAGACCGGCCAUAGAAGAGAGAGGAGGACAGGCAAUAGGGGCGUGAAAACCGCGAUGACGGGGGCGAGUGCGGGAGGAGGCCGAAGCACAGCCAAGGGGGAGGCUGGAAGGGAGGAAGGGGCCGGGCGAGAGGCGACGACCAUGCGGGGAGCGGGAGGCCCUGGGAGGGAAGGGGGGGACGGAGGGGAUAGACAGGGAGGCAAAGGCGGAAGGAGGGCCAAAACGGCGAACAGGCGAGAGAGCCAGACGCAAGACGGACGGGGAAGGGAAGGGAGGGGAACGGCCGAACCAGGGCCCGAUCCAGGGAAGGGGGGGGGAACAGCGGUGCGGGCAAGCCAGGCCAAGACAAGGCAAGAAGGGCGGGGAGAGCCAACAGGCAAGUCCACGGGGAAGGCGGAGAGGUGGGAGCUAAGAAGGCCCCGCCAGAAGGCCAAAACACGAGCCGGAGGACCGGGGGACAGACAAACCCGGGAUGAGAUGGAGGGACCCGGGGAAGGCGCGCCGGAGGGCACAGGGAGGGGAGGGAGAAGGAGGGGAGCGACGAGGCGGCGGGAACUAGGGCAACGGCUCGGGGGGUGA